CAACAGAACGAGCCUUUUUAUUCAUAACAUCAAGAUUUUAAUCGCAAAGGUAAAUCAUUCGCAAAGCCUGAAUGACACUCCUCUAAAACCAUGGGCUGCUGUAUAUAACAAUGGGUCUGUUAUAACAGCACAUUGCAACUGUAAAGCUGGACUGGGAGAAUGUUGUUCACAUGCUGGAGCGUUGCUCUUUGCUGUUGAAACUGGUGUACGAAUAGUAAAGAACAGGACUUGUACGUCUAUUCCCUGUCAGUGGCUAAUGCCUAAGACAGUAUCAAAGAUUACUUAUCAAGAACUUUGUGACGUUGAUUUUACUUCUUCCAAACGUAAAAAGCAAAAGCUGGAUGAACAUAUCAAUGAAUUAGCUUCUAGUUCAUCAUCUACUACCGAUCAGACAAUGACAACAGACAAGCCUCGUUUGCAAAACAAGUACAAGCCGUCUGAAAAUCAAAUAAAGAAGUUUUAUCAACAUCUAAGCGACACUAAAAGUAAUCCUGCAAUCUUGUCACUGAUUUCUCCAUUUAACGAAAAAUUUGUGCCAAAGAGACCUGCUGUUAACCUUCCAGACCCCUUGAAUAAGUUGUACUCCCACCAAUUUGCUUGUCUUGAGUAUGAGGAGCUAAUUUCAAAAUCAAAAGAAGUUAUGGAGACAAUUACAAUCAAUCAACAACAAGCUGAUAUGAUAGAAAAAGCUACACGAAAUCAAAGCAAGUCUCAGAUUUGGCAUCAAAUGCGAAUGGGGAGAAUAACUGCCAGCAACUUCCACAGGGCUUGUCGCACAAAUCCUGAAACACCAUCACUAAGCCUGGUCAAUGAGAAGAGAGCCCUAAAUCAAUAUACACAAGUAAUGAAAGAAAAUCAUAGCAUCUUCUCAGUUAAAGAAUCUGGAUUUGUAAUUGAUCCAAAGUACCCUUUUCUUGGUGCAAGUCCAGAUGCAAUCAGUUACUGCAACUGCCAUGGUGAAGGAUGUGUUGAGAUUAAGUGCCCAUACAGUUUAAGAAACAAGACUAUCCAGCAUGGCAUAAGUGAUGGAAAGAAUUUUUGUCUCACUAAGACACCAAAUGGUACCUUACAGAUGGACAGGAAACACCAAUAUUACUAUCAAGUCCAACUGCAAUUAGCCUCUACAAAGUUAAAGUUUGUAGAUUUUGUUGUCUGGACUCUAAAUGACAUUUAUAUUGAACGAAUUCAGAGAGAUGACGAAUUCCUUGCUGUCAAUAUUGAAAAAGCAAAAGAAAUCUACAUUUUUGCAAUUUUACCAGAGCUUCUUGCAAAGUUUCACACUUCAAAACCACUUCCAUCAAAUGACACAUUAUUGUUUUGCUAUUGCAGAGUUAAGCUAGAUGACACACUUGUUUUAAAAUGUAGUAAUGAUAAAUGUUUGUUUAAAAUGUUUCACAUGAAGUGCUGUGGUUUAUCUCGAAAGCCGGCAGCAAACAAACCAUGGUUCUGUGUAGACUGUAGAAAACUUUUGUAGAAAGGGAGAAAAUGUAAAUAGUUCACUAGCAACUAUUUCAGAAGCAACUUCUGAGCCAAUUAUGCUAAGUUAUGAUGUUUGCAAUAUUUAUUAUUUAUCUGUUUCAACAUAUUUUAGAAUAAAUUGUUCAUGUUUAA